CAACCUAGAUCUCACAAAAUAUUGGAAAAAGUUCUAUGCUCUGGUUCUAUGAUUAGAAACAAGGUUUUCUUUCAAUGGAGGAACAUACACUAUCCGAAUUCAGAAAGCUGGGCGCAGAUGAAAAAACCUCCGUGAUAGCACUGCAAGUUCUUUUGGAGUUAUGCGAAGUGAAAAAGUAUUGGGACAUAUCCUACGUGUAUAAGGAAGCUUUAAAGAACAUUAUUAUCAAAGCAAGGAAGACAAAAACAGAAGCUCACAGUACAUUUAUUCCAAUUUCUUCAUAUGAAAACCUUAGUUUCCUGAAAAUGCAGGAAUUCUUGGAUGUAUGCGAUACUGAAAGUGCAUAUCUUGCUAUACUUCAUCCAGAUUCGACCUGCGUUUAUUAUGAAAUAAGUAAAGGUCUGGUAGAACCUUCGGAUACCACAGCAAAGCAUUUGAGGGUUAAUAAGAAAGAAAAAUUGGAUAUGGAAUUGAAGAAGCACUAUAAAACUAUAGAACAGGCGGCUUUAAUGGGUAUUUCUAUGACGUUACCUAGGGCAGAGGCAGGAUCAUCACAAAAUUCUUAAAAUAUGUAGUUAUAACUGGUUAAUUUAAGCCUAGCUAGGUAUAUUCUUUGAUUUAAGCGUUUCUUACAUACUGUAUAUUGGUUAAUAAAUUUUAUAUAUAAUAUAUUAAUAUAUUGGUAAAGGUGUGGAUCCGGUGGCUGACCUUGAAGCCCAUAUUUGCUGCAUUUGAUCAUCGAUACUACGCAAGU